AUGGCGGCGGCCGUGGCGGCCUCGGCCCUGCCCAUCGCCGCCGCGCGGCUGGUGUCCGCGUGCAGCCGCAGCAUCCUCGGGCCGUGGGGGCCCGGAGCGGCCUCCCUGUGGCCUGCUUCUCGGAGAUUCAGUUCGCAGAGCACUUCGCUUCCACGACAAUAUGUUCCUAAAACCUCCCUGAGUUCACCACCGUGGCCAGAAGUCAUCCUGCCAGACCCUGCUGAGGAGACCAGACACCAUGCAGGGGUCGUGGAGAAGGUGAACGAGCUGAUCGCCACGGGCCGGCACGGCAGGCUGUUUGCCGUGGUACACUUUGCCAGCCACCAGUGGAAGGUGACCUCCGAAGACCUAAUUCUAAUCGAAAAUGAGUUAGACGUUGCGUGUGGAGAGAGGAUUCGGUUGGAGAAGGUCCUGCUGGUUGGUGCUGACGACUUCACGUUGGUGGGCAAACCCCUGCUAGGGAAGGGUCUUGUCCGUGUCGAGGCCACUGUCAUUGAAAAGACGGAAUCGUGGCCGAAAGUCAACAUGAAGUUCAAGAAAAGGAAGAACUACAGGAAGAAGAAAAUUAUUGUGAGCCCACAGACUGUCCUCCGGAUAAACACCAUCGAGAUUGCUCCGUGUCUGUGCUGAUCAUGGAGCCAACGUUGACAGAAAUACAAAAGUAAACUCGUUCUC